AUGAGAGUGCACGCUCUAUCCUCAUCUCCAUCCCUGGACUUUCACCAAGAGCUCAGCAGAUCGGUGAAACAGUCCCGCCCCCGGGCUGGUUGUCGUGACAACAGCGCAGGGAUCCUGUUGCAUUCUCUGUGGUUGCGCUUGUUGUUUCCUCGGCAACAGCCACACAACAUCCGGAAGGACCUUGUUGUCCUAACGUGGGUUGGAAUAGUGUUGGGAUAUUUAGGAAACUCGCCACUUAGCACUAUGACGACAGACCUGCCCUUUCUGGACAGGAGCGACCCACGUCUCAAACUCACCGUGGAAAACAGAACCAGAAACGUGUUUGUGACCCAGCUUGAGGACAGGCCCAAAGAAGAAAAUGUAAACUACAUACCUGUGGUGACAGAGACACCUCACAGUCUCCUUGGAGCUGGACUGAACACAUUACAAAAGACACUGGUACUGCAGUCCCAGACAGAGUUGGAAGAGGUGACCCGGCUGCUGGAUCUUAAACAGCAAGAGUUUCAGGGUCGGCUGGAGGCUUUAGCUCAGAGACGCUCAGAACUGGAGCUCAAACAGCAGCAGAAUAAAGAAAGAGUGAGCAAGUUUGAGAAAUUUGUUGCAGAAAAUGAACUGAAGCAGCACCAAACACUGAAGAAGUAUAAAGAUGCACAGGAACAAAAUCACAUCAAGCAAAGAGAAAUAGAAAGUUUGACAAACAAACUCAUACGGCUUCGAGCCAGACAGCAUGUUUUAAAAGACAGAAUGACCAAGUACAAAAUCUAUGAAGACUAUUUGGUGAAAACAAUCAACUACCUACCAAGUAGUUACCUUGAAAAUGAUUCCGAAUCCUUAGUUUUGCCCAUCAUUCGGCGACACGAGUCACUCUCCAUCACUUAUCAGGAGCUUACGCAGCGGCUGGAAAAAAUGGAGGAUGAAGUGGAAGCAAAGCAGCAUGAACUGCAGACCAUGAAGCAAGAACAUGACAUCAAAAAGCUGAUGGUCAAUAAGGAGCUAUCAGAACUUCAAAAUGAGUUAGAAGGUCUUAAAGAUAUGAACAAGGAGGCAGAGAUUUCACUGCUGACGGAACAAGGCCAGUCGAGAGAAAAGGUGGAAGAAGUGGGAAGUAUCUUCAUGGCCAUUAACAAUUUGGCAGAGCAAUGUUAUCUUCCUUCAUAUGGAGCACUCGAAGACAUAAACGUUUUAACAAUGAUGGAAAUGGUGAUGGAGUACAUUCUGGACAAGGCAGACACAGAACAAAGGGCCAGGAGACUGAUGGAGUCUGGCUCUACAGUGACACCUCUCACUGACAAGAAAGGGAGAGGGUCUGCGAAAACUGUGACUGCUAAAACACAGAUCAAAAGUCCAAGUAAAGUCAGUAAAAAGAGUGAAACGUUAAGUUAA